AUGGAAGAUCCCACAGACGGAGGCAGAAGGGCGGCGAGCGCGCCGCAGUCGCUGCCUCUUCUCCAGAAUUCCCUGAAGCGUGACCCGCCGGCGUACUUUGGCGAGUUUCAACUCCAGUUCGACCGUCUCCGCGGCCUCCUUGCGGUUCUCGAGCAACAGCCGCAGAGACCCGUGAAGGAUCUGCGGCAACUUCUCAUGUUCCUCGCUCACACGAGUCCCUGCUACAGUCCGCGCGUUUCCGAGGAUGCGUCGAAGAGCCGAGAGAAAAAGGAGACCGGCCAGGUGGACAGACACCCGUCUGCUCCUCCGGCGUUCCUUCCGCUCUCGUCGUUCGGAGCCUUUGGCGAGGACACAGCCACCAAAGGCGCUGGGCCGCGAAACUACUCCGCGGAGCUCUCCGCGGCGAUUCAAAGGAUCCUUCUUCAGCUGUCCUCUUCCCUCCAUCCUCAAACGCGACAGACGUUGCUCCUGGCGCUCCUUCUGCUCAGACGAAAGCAACAGCUUUCUUGCGUGGAGCUUCUUCGCGUGUCGGUCCAGUUGCUGCAAUUGAACGACAAAUCCUGCCGACAGACUCUCUUCUCCUUCGUCACGCGCGACGUCGCCAAGCUCUGCCUGGCCGAUCGCAUGCAACAGAGCUUCACCCUCCUCUCGCCGGAGCUCUUCGCCAUGCUCGCUAGGCCUGCAUGCCCGGCGGCAGCUCGGCUGGCACUCUGUUGCUUGAUCCAGGUGUACAGACAGCAGAGACACAGCGGCGGGCUGUCGAUACACCAAAACAACAAGAACUUCCAGAAAAUCGUCAACGCCUCGGCUGCUUGCACCCUCGCGGGAGACGCGAAACUCGCCACUUCCGCUGCACUCUUUCUCCUCGGCGAACUGCAGAGCGCGUCGAGCCGAAUUGCAAACGUGGACGAUGAAGACACGGACGACGAAGAAGACGCGGCGGUCGAGGCGGAGGCGAGGCGCCUCACGCGCACCCAAGAAGGCAUGGCCAAGAAAACAGCCUCGGCAAAAAAGAAACUGAAACGCGCAAAGGCGAAGCUCCAGCGCCAGGUGGCGAGGAAGCAGCAGCGGGCGGAGCAACAGCAGCUGCUCGGCGGCGUCGUCGCGUCAGCCUCCAUCCUGGACCUUCUCUUCGAUCCUCAGGGUCUCGCCGAGAAACUCUUCGAGAUGUGGGAAAGAGCGUCUUGGAAAUAUCUGCAGCCGCACCAGCGGCUGGUGUCUUCGCUCUUGGCCAUUCUCGCCACAGCCGUCCACGAGCUCGUUCCGCCUCAGGAAUUACUCCCCGUCGUGAAACACAUUGCUGACGUCUUCAUCAACGAAACGAGAGGCGAAGAAGUCAUUACCGUCGGCCUCAAUGCAAUAACGGAGAUUUGCACGAGAGCGCCUUUGUGUAUGACCAAGGAUCUCUUGUCCGACCUCGUGGAAUAUCGACGCGAGCGGAAGAGCAAGAGCGUGGUCAUGGCCGCGCGUCGCCUGAUGAAUUUGUACAGAGACGUUCUUCCCUCGAUGCUCCCGGCGAAUGCACGAGGAAAGGAGGCUGCGAUGGCUGUGCGCAGCAGCCAGGACGAGACUGUCAGCUACGGAGAGUUCAAACCUGCAGAGAACCUGACCGGCCUCGACGAGCUGGAGAAGCUGCAAAAGUUGGUUAAAGCCCGAAAGCGAAUGAGAGAGGAAGAGGAAGAUGAUGAAGAGCACGAUGAAGAGGAUGAGGACGACGAAGAUGAAGAGGACGACGAAGAUGGAGAGGACGAUGAAGAUGGAGAGGACGACGAAGAAUUAAGCGAAGGUGAUGAAGAGGAAGAUGCCGGAGACGAAGACGAGGAAGAAGAUGACGACGAGGAAGAAGGGGACGACGAGGACGAAGAGGAAGACGAAGAGGAGGACGAAGAGGAAGAGGAAGGAAAGGACGAGUGUAACAAGCGUCCAAAGAAGAAGAUGCGUCGGGCGUCUCCGUCGCCCAAAGAGGGGGGAGGGUCCGGCAACUCGGAAGAGAAGGACGUGUCGUCUUCGCUGGCGAUGGACCGCAUUUUGACGCCGGAGGAGUUUCACGCGUUGCGCGUGUUGCAGGCGAAGCGCUCAGUGGAGACCGCGGGUAGGCGACCCGGGGCGCAGAAGGACGACGAGGAAGAACACGAUCGUCUGUUGUCUCUGCUGUCCAAGACACCUGGCGUUGAGGCUGGCCUCGAUGAGAGCGAAGACCCCGACAGCGACGCCUCGUCCGACGAGGAGCCUGAACGCGAGCGCAACAGUCUGUUUGUUUCGAGCACCGAGCUUGAGGGCCUGGCAGGCCGCAAGCGUCGGCAGGCGCGUGAGCGAAAUCGGCUGAAAGAAGAGGCGAAGAUGGAACGGAAACGCGGGGGGAAAAGCGCUCCCUGGCCCUUCGCGAAAAAGCAAAGAGAAGCCGCGGAAGCGUCUCUCGCUGCAGAUCCCUCGAAGAAACACAAAACGGUCGUCACUGGAAAUGCGCCGCAAAAACUCAAAGCCAGAAACAAGCCUCUGGCGAUGGUUCGCCAGAGUCGGAAGCUGCGCGACAAGAAGCAACAGAGUGUGAAGCAAAAGUUACAGAAUCUGAAGAAACAAAUUAAGAACCUGAAGAAAAGCCAAGUGGGCCGACCCCGACGGAGAAAGCGAUGA